GGGGCGAAACUUUUUUGCCAUCACUACACACGAAUUCUUGGAGUCACGACUUAUACUGAAACAAUUCUGCAUUUUCCAUACUGAGAAGAUUGGAGUUUAAGUGCAUCACGUCUAAAACGCGUGUUUGGUUGAAACUGUAGAAAUAGGAGGGAGAAUUAUAACAGAAAAAAAUCCGGGGUCACGCAAUUAAUCAUUACUCUGAUAUUCAACUACCCUCCCUCCACAGCCCUCUCUUCGGCAGUGAAAUUCGCGGUCAAGUAAAAACAUUGUCAGUGUCAGAAUCUAGAGAGAGAGAAUAUUUCCAUCCAGCGGAUCGGUGAUGGCUUCUUCCUCAGAUCGCGAAACCUUCGUUUACCUUGCCAAGCUCGCCGAGCAAGCCGAACGCUACGAUGAGAUGGUGGAAGCGAUGAAGAAGGUGGCAAAGAUGGAUGUGGAGUUGACAGUGGAGGAGAGGAACUUGCUGUCGGUGGGGUACAAGAAUGUGAUUGGGGCUCGGAGAGCUUCAUGGAGAAUCUUAUCUUCGAUAGAACAGAAGGAGGAAUCCAGAGGCAAUGAGCAGAAUGCUAAGCGGAUCAAGGAGUACCAGCAGAAGGUGGAGUCAGAGCUCACCAACAUUUGCAGUGACAUCAUGACUGUCAUCAAUGAGCAUCUCAUUCCUUCAUGUACAGCUGGCGAGUCGACCGUGUUUUACUACAAGAUGAAAGGGGAUUAUUAUAGGUAUCUUGCAGAGUUUAAGACUGGUAAUGAGAGGAAAGAAGUUGCUGAUCAGUCACUGAAGGCAUAUGAGACAGCGACCACCACAGCCGAGACUGAGUUGCCUCCGACACAUCCCAUUCGUUUGGGUUUGGCAUUGAAUUUUUCUGUCUUUUACUAUGAAAUUAUGAAUUCACCCGAGAGAGCUUGUCAUCUUGCUAAGCAGGCUUUUGAUGAAGCAAUCUCCGAGCUGGACAAUUUAAAUGAGGAGUCAUACAAAGAUAGCACCUUGAUUAUGCAGCUUCUUAGGGACAAUCUCACAUUGUGGACCUCUGAGAUUCCGGAGGAUGCAGAAGAAGCACAAAAACUGGAUGCUGCCAAGAAAGCUGGAGAGGGUUCGGAGUGAAUCAUCCGAAUGUCAGUUUGGGGGAGGGAGGAUGAUGAUGAUGCAACACACCCCCAGAAUACUUGUUUUUCAUCGCGUGUCUUUGUUAUGGUUUAAUAGUCUGCCUACCCAUCUUCCUUUAUUGAAUGGAGUAGUGUGUGAUUAAACAGGUGGUGUUAUUUUUUCAAUUACUACCUUAGCCUAGAUGGAAGAUUUGUGUGUACUCUCUCUCAGAUUGUUGUCUCUAGAUGCAACUUCUUGUGGAUUUUCCCAACUUAUUCUCAUCAAAGUUUAUGAAUAUGGAAUAUUUAGCUAA